GGCCCCUUUUCUCUCUCCCUCUCCUGCCAGCCGCGGAGAGGCCGUCGGAAAGCUGCCCCUUCAGGCCGCCUGGGACUCUCCUCCGCGGGGAGACAGCCGGAGCUGCCAAGGAUGGGGGUGACGCAGUCCCUCGGCUUGCCCCACGGGAAGGGCGCCUACCCGGUCGGCUGCACCGACGUGAUGGUGGGCCAGACCCCCAAGGGCCUCUUCUUCCGCCUCUUCUACCCUUGUGUCCCUCAGGGUGAAGCCAAGGAGCCUAACUGGAUUCCCCGCUAUGAAUAUUACUCCGGAUUAGCUGACUACAUGAGCUUGAAUAGUAAAUGGUUUGCUCCACUUCUCAGUGUUACAUUUGGAUCGUGUAAGAUCCCUGUAAGCUGGGAUGCACCUUUCCGACCCUCUUCACACAAAUAUCCAUUGAUCAUAUUCUCCCAUGGACUAGGAGCCAUUCGAACCGUAUACUCAGCUAUCUGCAUUGAGAUGGCUUCUCGGGGGUUUUUGGUGAUGGCUCUUGAGCACAGAGACCGCUCAGCUUCUGCUACUUACUUUUGCAAACUGGAUCCCGAAGCACCAGAUCUACAAGAAGGUCAGAUGCAUGAAGAAUGGCUCACUUACCGCAGGGUACCCAGAGAUCAGAAGGAGUUUCCGUUCCGGAACCCGCAGCUCCAUCAAAGAGCAAACGAGUGCAAACGCGGAUUCAGGCUGAUCCAAAGCAUCAACAGUGGCAAGGCUGUUAGAAACCUUCUGAGCUCGGAUUUUGACCUCUCUACACUGAAGGACAAUGUGGAUCUGACCAAAGCAGUUGUCAUGGGUCAUUCUUUUGGAGGCGCGACAGCUGUGUUAGCUCUGGUCAAAGAAGCCCAAUUUAAAUGCGCUGUUGCCCUUGAUGCAUGGAUGUUUCCUUUGGAAAAUUCUGCUUACCCAAAAGUGACCAAGCCGGUGCUGUUUAUCAACACAGAAUCAUUCCAGACGGCAGAGAGCGUGGCCAAGAUGAAAAAAAUCAGCACUACCAGCAGUGAAAGCAAGAUCAUUACAAUCCUGGGUACCGUCCACCAGAGUCAGACUGAUUUCACCUUCCUAGCCGGGAACCUUGUCAAUCGGGUCUACAAGACAAGGGGUACCACUGAUCCAUACAAAGGCCUGAAUAUCACGAACCAGGCUGCUCUCGCUUUCUUACAAAAGCAUCUCCAGCUCAAAGAAGAUUUUGACCAGUGGGAUAAUCUUCUGGAAGGCAUAGGAGACUCGGUGGUCCCGGAUAGUCCCUUGGCAAAGCCUAGCCUCUAGGCAAGAAAUAUCUCUCCCCAAAUUGUUUUGGGGCACCUUCUGGAUUCCCCUCCCCCCCUUUGUUUGAGGGGAUGGAAAGCAUCCUUGAUCUAAAAUUGCUCUCCAGAUGUUGGACAUUCUGCCGAAUUGCUCUUCAUGAUGAUGGACAUGUUGCUGAGACCUCCUGCUAUGACGGCUUCACCUCUUUAGAAAGCAUCAUCUGCCUAGAAACAGUUUGAGUUAUUGCCUUAAAUGUGCCUCUCCUUCUACCAGGACUACAGCAAGAGCUUAAGAAAAGGAUGGAUCUAAUUGCGAGUGAAGAAAUGGAAAUAAAUUGGGGUGGGUGGAGGUGUAAUCCUCGGGAAAAUCUGCUUGCACUUUAAAGUAAACUGUAGCAGGAAAACCACAAUUUCACUGCCUAGAAUCUGCUGUCUUGCUAUCCUGCUUGCAUCUUUUUCCAACUUGUGUGCCAAGAACCAGAAAAAGAAGAACUACCAUGGUUUAAAGCAGCGGUGAAAUCUAAAAUUUUUCCCUACCGGUUCUGUGGGCAUGGCUUGGUGGGCGUGGCAGGAGAAGGAUACUGCAAAAUCUCCAUUCCCACCCCACUCGGGGGCCAGCCAGAGGUGGUAUUUGCCGGUUCUCCGAACUACUCAAAAUUUCCGCUACCGGUUCUCCAGAACCUGCAGGAUUUCACCCCUGGAAAGCUAUUAAUUGCAGCUAUGAAGCUGGAUUGAAAAGAUCCUUCCUUUACUACCUUGGUAGAGUAGGCAAAAAGGAAUAUAUACCCACCCAACAAUAUUGUGGCAGAAAAUCUGUAAAGAACAUACGCGAUGCAAGAGCUUAAAUCAUUUGGAGGUCUGAGCAUCAAACCGUUAAAUCUUCAUUUGGACCCAUUUCCCACAGAAAAGAAAACACCGGGAGCCACAAAACCUGGGUGGGUGUGGUCAACUCGAUGUCACUCACUCCCACCCAGUCACAUGACACACACCCAGCCACGCCUACCCAGGUUUUGUGGCUCUCAGUGUUUUCUGUGGGAAACAAGUAUCUCUGUGUGUGUGUGUCUCUUUCUCUCUCUCUCUCCUCUCAGGCCAGGUGAAGAGUGACUAGAAGGGGAGGGUGAGGGGUGGGGCCAGCCAGUAGUGGGUUCAGCCGAUAGGGAGCCACAUCAGGGAGAUGAAAGAGCCGCAUGCGGCUCUGGAGCCGUGGGUUGCUGACACCUGCUCUAGAACAGUGUUGGUGAACCUUUUGGGCACCGAGUGCCGAAACAGGAACGCGUGCCGGAAACCGGAAGAGCAGCUACCUGGUGCACCUGCGCGUGCCGGGAAGAUGAUCUUCCGGUUUCUGGUGCGCGCAUGCACACUACCCACAUGGUCUUCUGGUUUCUGACACUCGUGUGCACGAGGAGACCAGCUGGCCGGUGUGCAUGCACACACCAGAAACCGGAAGAGCAGCCGCCUGGUGCGCAUGCGCGCACUGGAAAGAUGAUCUUCCGGUUUGCAGUCAGCUGGUCUUCGUGUGCAAAUGUGUGCCAGAAACCAAAAGACCAGGUGGCCGGUGCAUAGGUGCAUGUUGGAAACCAGAAGAUCAUUUUCCCGGUGCGCGCAUGCAUACCAGGCAGCUGCUCUUCCGGCUUCCAGCAUUCCCACGCAUGUAAAGAUCAGCUGGCUGGCGUGCUGGAACCCGGAAGAGCAAUGGGCGAUAGCUCACAUGCCCAGAGAGAUGGCUCUGUGUGCCACUUCUGGCACACGUGCCACAGGUUCGCCAUCUCGGCUCUAGAACAUGGUCUGAUGUACUUCAGAUGAACAGGUGAGCUUACACUACAGCGUACAAACAAUUCCUUCACAUGCAGUUCAAAGCGUUGGUUGUUAUCACUAAAAUCCUUCGUGGCGUUGAACCUGGUUAUCUAAAGGACCAUCAGACUUCUGUGGCUUGCAUCCAGCCUGGGUAAUUGGGCAGAGUGACCAUGUUCCAGGUCAUCUAUUAAGCAGUGUCUUCAACAUAUCUUCUCCAUCACGGUGCUUGAAUGUGGGACACCUUCUCUCUGUCCCCUAGUUAAGCCACGUUCAAAAGGCCUCUGAAAACCUGAGACUUUCUCCAGGGUUUGGGUUAGAGGCCGUGUAGCAGCCUCCAUGUGUUGGAUGGUCUUUUAAUGGUUAUUUUCCUUUCUGGCAUUGGGGGUGAGAAGUAGGGUUUGCUUGUAUUAUAUGAUUGUUUUUACUGUACACUUCCAGACUCCUCGUAGAGUUGAGCAGCCGUGCACAUUUCUAAAAUAAAUAAAAAUGAAACUCUGUUCUUUUA